UUUUUUUCUAUCUAAUUUAGUAAACAAGGAGGAACUGCUUGGGGUCCUCGAAAUAAUUUAGCAGGUGAUCAUACAAAAAAAUAUAAACAUGAAGUUAUAAAAGGUGAAUCAUCUUCAACAUCACAUUUAGUUGAAUCAGCUGAAAGUAGUACAAGUCAACCACCACCUAUACCUAAUCGUCCAUCACCAAUGACAAGUACACAUUCAUCCUAUCGUCAUGCUCCUGUUCCUAUAUCACUUUCAUAUCAACAAGCAUAUACUUUUCCAAAUUCUCAAGCACAACCAAUGCGUUCUUAUUCACCUGAUCAUGAUGAUGAUGAAAUUGAUAUUAGUGUUAAUGCAACGCCUAUACCACCAAAUCGUUCACGAACAACAACACCAUUUGGUUCACGUAAAUCACUUUCAGAAUCUAUUCAAUCAUUAAAAUCAAAUCAACAACCAGCAUUAUCAUUACCUGUUAAAAAACGUUCACAUGAACCUCCACCAUUACCAGCUCCAAUGAUUCCAAAGCGUGAUCAACGAACACCAUCACCAAAAUCAUUUGAAACAAAAAGAGAUUAUCAACAUCAUCUUUAUCAUAAUCCUGCACAAUUACGAGCUCAACAAAAACGAAUACCAAAAACAAAAGAUGAAUUAACCGAUGAAGAAUCUGAACAAUUAAAUAAUACUACGGAAGAUACAGCUGGUGCGCCUCCGCCAUUAACAUCAACACAUAAUCAAGUUGAUCAGCAACAAUAUGGACGUCGACUUAUUACACCACCACCUCCUCAGAAAAUUGCUGUUCAUCAACCAACACCAACACGUCAUGAGGAACAUCCACCAUCUUAUCAACAUACUGCUAAACCAUCUUCUCCAUCAUCUAAUUUUACGUAUCAAGAACCAACUGAAGUUUAA